ACUUCUGACGUUCGGCGGCUGAUCAUAGGCCACUCGGGUUUUGGGCUCCUUUCUGGGAACCGCCUUACUUUCCCCUCUUUCUCCGUAAAGGCGCAGUACGCGGCGAAAAAGAAAUGUCCACUGACACGCCCGUAUCCCAUCCACGCGAUGCCCUUGUGUGGAUCGACUGUGAGGUAUGUCGGAUGUGUUGACGCACUUGACUUACGAGCUAACAGUAACUGACCAUUUCACCAUGAUAUGCCAGAUGACUGGACUGGACCCAGAUAAUGACCUGAUUCUGGAGAUUUACUGUCUUAUCACGGAUGGUCAACUCAACCUGCUUGAUGAUGAGGGCUGGGGAACGAUAGUGCACCAAAGCAAGGCGCGGAUGGAUGCCAUGGACGACUGGUGCACUCGAGUCCAUGGUGGCAGUGGCCUUACCGAUGCGGUGUUGAGAUCAACCGUGACCCCAGAACAGGCUGCUGAUGGGUUGCUUGCAUACAUUCAACAGUAUGUGCCUGAUCGAAAUACCGCCCUUCUUGCUGGAAACAGUGUGCAUGCAGACCGGGCUUUCCUUCGAAAGGCGCCCUAUGACAAAGUUCUCGAGCAUUUGCACUAUCGGAUACUCGACGUUAGCAGCAUUAAGGAGGCAGCCCGUCGAUGGUGUCCCAAGAUUGCUUCCAAGGCACCCCGAAAGAAGGGGCUCCACAAAGCCAAAGACGACAUACUGGAGAGCAUUGAGGAAGCCAAGUACUUCAAAGCAGCCAUUUUCCACGGAACUUGGUCGAGUUAAAAGAGCACUCGGUAUAUGCAGCUACAGGGCA